AAACGCUCUUGCUUUCGCCCUAAACAUGCAGAGCCGUCUCUCUUUCUCUGAAGAUGAUAAUGUCGGCGCGGAGGAUUUUCACAACUACUGAGAGGUUCUUCCACUUUCAACUGCAAACGGAAAUGGGUAUCAUUCAAUCUCCAUCCUUAUUAUUUACCAAUUACUUCCAUUCUUCUGCUUCCACGCAUAAUCCUAAAGAUGCAAAAUCUCAACGUUUCUUGAGAUCUAAGUUCAAUUCUUCUUCUUUUAGGGACGUUGAUGAUGCCUUAGCUUUCUUUAAUCAUAUCAUUCUUUUGCGUCCUCUGCCUUCUAUUGUUCAAUUUUGUCGAUUUUUAUCUGCUCUUGUGGGAAUGAAACAAUAUCACACGGUUAUUUCUUUGUCCAGAACAAUUGAGUCUCUGGGAAUCUCACACGAUAUUUGCUCUCUUUCUAUAUUGAUUAACUGUUUCUGCCGCUUACACCUUGUGAAUUUUGGCUUCUCAAUUCUGGGGAAAAUUAUCAAAUUUGGAUUGGAGCCCAAUACUGUGACAUUUACUACCUUAAUUAAAGGGCUCUGUAUAGAUGGUAAAAUCAAUGGAGCAGUAGAUUUUUUCAAUGAUAUGGUUGCUGGAGGUUAUCAACCUGAUGUUCAUACUUACACUGUGAUCAUAAAUGCUCUUUGUAAAUGUGGGAAAACAAAUGUGGCUAUUGAGUUGCUAAAGGGAAUGGUUGAGAGAGGUUGUGAGCCAAAUGUUGUCACUUACAACUGCUUAAUUCAAGGUCUUUGCAAUUUAGGCAAAUGGAAUCAAGCUUUGGCCUUGUUGAAAGAAAUGGCGGGGCAAAACAUAUCACCAGACGUUUUUACCUUCAAUAUAUUGAUUGACAAUCUUUGCAAGGAAGGACUGGUUUCAAAAGCUCAAGAAAUAAUGAAAAUAAUGAUCCAACAAGGGGUGAAGCCUGAUGUUUUCACUUACAGUUCUUUGAUGGACGGAUUUUGUCUGUGUAACCAAAUGGAUGAAGCGACAAAAUUAUUUGAUCAUAUGGUAAGCAGUGGCAUAGCUAAUGUCUUUAGCUACAACAUCUUGAUUAAUGGAUACUGCAAGAGCAAAAGGAUAGAUGAAGCAACAAAACUUUUGGACGAAAUGAUUAAAACUAGUUUAGUUCCCAACUUUGUUACUUAUACUACUCUUAUAAAGGGAUUGUGGGAAGCUGGGCGACCUGAAAAUGCACUUGAGGUUUUCAAGAGCAUGUGUUCUUAUGGUCAACAACCAAAUGUAAUAACUUUCUCAACUAUUCUCAAUGGCUUGUGCAAACAGGGGAAUCUUGAUGAGGCACUCACACUAUUUAAAGCAAUGGAAAAAAGUCGGUUGAAGGUUAAUUGUGUGAGCUAUAACAUUUUGAUUAAUGGUAUGUGUAGAGCUGGGAGGCUUACUGAUGCCAAGGAAUUGUUUUCUAGGCUUUUUGAAAAAGGUUUACAACCUGAUGUUUAUACAUAUAGUAUAAUAAUAAAAGGACUUUGCAAUGAAGGUUUACUAGAUGAAGCAUACAAAGUCUUUAGAGGAAUGGAAGAGUGUGGAUGUUUACCGAAUGGUUGCUGUUAUAAUGUGAUUAUUCAAGGGUUUCUCAGGCAUAAAGAUAUACCAGAGGCAACACUACUUAUUGAUGAAAUGGUUGAUAAAGGAUUCUCUGCAGAUGCCACCACCUUUGAAUUGGUAAUACAUUUAUUGCGCAAUGACGAUCUCAUUCUGACAAAACUACGAAAUCGUUCCAAAUGUUCUAAAGGUGCAAAUUUUAAGUGAUAUUUUAACAAUCAAGACUUGCUCAACAGAUGGACGAGGGCCUGUGAACAUAUUGUUCUUCUUCAUUAUAGAGACAUCAUGAGCUUGGGCCUGUGAACAUAUUGUUCUUCUUCAUUAUAGAGACAUCAUCAGCUUGGUAAGUUUCUAUUGACCUGAUUCCUAAUCUCAAAGUAACAAAUCUCAUAAUCAUGAUAGUAACUGAUUUAUGUUUUUUCAGGAAAAAGUGCCUCCUAUAUCUCCUGGCCGGUUAUCACCUGUGUCUAUUAUGUUCUAUGGCCUUCUAGCACUUCCCUUCUUGUGCAGGAUCUAGCUCUUCUGGUCCAGGUACAAUUUCUUGUUCUACCAUUCAAGAUCAAGAACUACCUUUCUCUCCCAACUUUAUAACCUCCAACAUAUUCAAGGGACCAUAUAUGUUCUUUGACUACUUAUGGCUCUGAAUUUGAGAGCUGAAUAGAUGAAUUUUGUCAACAUAUUCAAGGAAAAUCUGAAAGCUCUUCUUGUUGAAGGCUUUCUUCUCGGACUGGCUGUUCCCGGCAUGGAGGCUAAUUAAUGCGCAAAAUGACCUGAUCUUUAAUGAUAAACUAUGAAGAACACCAGAAGUAUGAAUUAAUCAGUACUCUGAAGCAGAGAAUUGCUUAACCAGUCCAUGAUUAAUGUAGCAAUCUCUAGUAUUAAGAGAAUUCCAGUUUGGACUUACUAGCUGUUGGUUUCAUUAUGAUAAACUUUGAAAUUCUUUUAAA